GUAUUGCAAACUAAAUUUGGAAUAUAUUGUUUUUAUAUACCAGUUUCAAAUUAUAUAAAUACUGAUUUGUAUAAUAUAAUUUCCAUUUGCAAAUAUGUAAUGUAGUCCAAUCCUAUUGUACAAAAUGUGGGCUAUAUCUUAUAGGAGCAGCGGAUGGGAUCGGGGCUGUCAUGAAGCGGACGGCCGACGGAUUCGUUCUCAGAGGAGGGGAUAUCACUGGCGCUAAGGACCUACAAAAGACCCUGGAAGAAACUGGAUCAAAGGUGAAGGUUGUGAUCAUCAACGAGAAGGACGUAGAGGAUGUCAAAGAAGAACUUCCGUUGUCACUCAAGCCUCUCCCGCGUACCAUGCAGAUACACCAGAUUCUUGUGAUCAGUCCAGGGUCCUUAAGACACCGCCCGGUAUCCUGCUUUUGUGGGAAGCCAGACUUCUGUGAUUGUUUUGCACCAGAGACAGCGUCAUUCUCCGUUCAGACCGAGGAUGAUUCUGAACCGGAAGGCGCCCCACACAUUGCAGCACCUGAACAGGAGUCGGGCAAGUUACAAAAGGUUCAAGAUGUGAACGAGAGUUUAGUUUCGCCCUACUGUGUGGUUAAGUACGAUGGCAAUGCUUUUCCAGGCAUCGUUCUGGCAGUCGAUGAUGAUGAGCUGGAAGUGAGAGUCAUGCACAGGGUCGGCCGAAACAGAUUUUUCUGGCCAAGUUUAGAAGACACUUUGUGGUAUGCUAAAAAGGAUAUCAUCACACUUUUGGUUGACCCACCAAAACCAGUCACGUCCAGGCACGUACAAGUUGAUCCGACUAUUUGGAUCGAGAUUGAAAAAGAGGAGGAAUGACUUAAUAAUGAACCCCACGUUAAUGAACGUUCAAAGUGGACACAAUGAACUUCCAAGUUGAUAUUGCUGAUUAGAAUUGAAUUUGUUUGUGUUUGAAUAAACUUGUACGCGCAAAUUCUCAUCAAUGAACUUUAAAAUUGGAACAGUAUUUUGUUUGAAAUUGUGU